AUGGUGUCACCACUUUCGAGCUUCGCCUUUUGGGCGGUUGCUCUUUGUUUCUUAUGUUUUGUUACCUUGAGCAACGCCGAUACGCACCAUCACCCUCAUGGCCGCAUCAAUCGACGUUCUGUCAUCACCAAGGCUCCCGAAUGGACCAAGAAGAUUGUCAUGAGCCCUGGUCACCAGAACCCUGCCGAGGCCCCCCCGAACCCCACUGAAGAUCUUGAGCUCUCCGUCGAUUCCGGUGUUAGCCUCGACCAAUACUACAAGGAUGCUCAGAAUGCUACUGAGUCCUCUGCUGGCGUCACCCCCAACAAAUCUGGUCUGUCACGUCGUUCUCUGGACAAGCGUGACGACGGUCCUCUGUACUGCAAGGGCCGUAAAUGCCCUGACGAAAGUUGCUGUGGUCCCAAGGGCAUCUGCGGUUAUGGUCCUGAUUUCUGUGGCGAUGGCUGCACAUCUAACUGUGAUGCCAAAGCUAUGUGUGGAGAGUACAGUGAAGAGGGUGAGAUGCCUUGCGGUAUGAAUCUCUGCUGCUCUGCCACCGGUUGGUGUGGUACCACUAGUGCCUUCUGUGACAACGCCGAUCCCCUACACAAGACUCUGCCUUGCCAAGCCGGUUACGGAGGCUGCAACAUCGUCUCCUCCCCCUCAUGCGCCAAGGGAGGUGGCAGCACAAGCGGACGAACAAUCGGAUACUAUCAAUCGUGGAACGUCCGCGCUCGUAAAUGCGACACCAAAACGCCCAAGCAGCUCGAUACGACAGGCUUCACCCAUUUGUUUUACUCCUUCGCCUUUAUCGACCCUGUCUCUUUUAAGCUCGUUCCUGCUCAUAACGAUGAUGUUAAGCAGAUGCGCGAAUUCACCGACCUGUCCAAGGGCGGCAAGCUUAAGACAUGGAUCGCUAUCGGCGGCUACGAUAUGAGCAACGAGAAGACUCCUACCCAUACCACGUGGAGUGAUAUGGUGUCCACCAAGGCUAAUCGAGCUGCCUUCAUUGCGUCUGUUCGUGAUUAUAUGGAUGAGUAUGGCUUCACUGGUGUUGAUCUCGAUUGGGAGUACCCUGGUGAGCCUAAGCGUGGUGGUCGCAAGCUUGCUGAUACUCGCAACCUCUCCAUGCUGCUCAAGGAGAUGCGCGCUGCCUACGGUUCCAAGUAUGGUAUCAGUUUGACUUUAGCGCCUGAUUACUGGUAUCUCCGUUGGUUCGACGCCAAGGCAAUGGAGCCUUAUGUUGAUUUCUUUGGAUUCAUGGCUUAUGAUCUCCACGGAUCCUGGGACUCGGAUGUCUUAACUUUGGGCAAGAUCAUUCGUGGACAAGCCGACAUUCGCGAAAUCCACAACAACACCAUUCCUCUCUGGUUUGCCGGCCUCGAUCCCAAGAAGAUCAACUUCGGUCUUGCCAUGUACGGCCGUGGUUACACUGUCGCCGACAAGAACUGCAAGAGCCUUGGAUGUUCCUUUGCUGGACCUAGCAAGAAGGGAAAAUGCACCGACGCUGACGGUGUCAUGUCUUUGGGUGAGAUCAAGAACCUUAUCAAGGACGGCGUCGAGUCAACAUACCUAAAGGACUCCAUGAUGAAGCAGAUCGCCUGGGAUGAUCAAUGGAUUGGAUAUGACGAUGAAGAGACCUUUGCCGCCAAGAAGGCCUGGGCCGAUAGUUUCUGCUUUGGAGGCACCAUGAUUUGGAGUAUUGACUUCCAAGCUAGCGGCAGCUCAUCUGGCGGUGGUAGUGGUAAUACCGGAGACGAAGGUUCGGAUCUCCCUGACAUCAACAUUCCUCCUCUAACGAAGAAACAAGUUGUCAAGGAGCUCAUGGACAAGAAGCUACCUAACUGUAACGACGACUACGACGACGUUGAGGACAAAGGCAAGCUUUGGUUUGACUCUGGCGCUGAGCAAUGGGUCGACAAAUACAUCAGCACACUGGACGACCACACUGAGUGGGCCAAGGACCUUUUGUACCUACUCUUCAAAGACGUGAAAGGCAAGAGUAUCGAUAAGUCGGAAUUCUCAUGCGACGCGCCAGGAGCUGUUUGCGACUAUCAACGAACUUGUGAGGACUUCAACGACAUCGGCAAGGGUGGACUCUUCUACAUGUUCUUGUCUCUCAAGAACUAUUUCCUCUGGAUGACCCAGCUGUCUAUCGAGCUUGAUCAGCAGAUGAGUACCAUCUCGGAUUCCUCUGUACCGAAGAUGCGAACAGCGCUCAGAAUUAGCGGAAGCCCUCCGGCUGAGCUCAACAUCCUCAGUAUUCUUUCUGCUGCCUUCACUAUCGCUAGCGGACCUACCGCCCCGUUGGCUCCUGUUGCAGGUUAUUUUGCAGGCACCGCUGGUCUAUUGAGCAUGUUUGGUGCUACUGUCGGUUCUGGUACCGUUUCACCCGACGGCCCGAUCGAUGCUGAGGGCUCGGCUCGGUAUUUGAUCGGUAAUACCAGAGACGAGGGUAUUAAGAACAUUAAGAAGCUCAUUGCUGCCGUUUUUGGUUACCAAGUUGCACAGGCCGAUAUCCCCAAAUCCAUGCUUGUUGGAGACGAGAAAUACAAGAACCCCGUCGUGCGAGUCUUUGGAUGGGGAGGGUGGGUGAGGUCAGUGAACAUCAAGGGCAUGGGCGAGUUCGUUGCCAACAUCCGUUCCAACAUGGAUAAGGCCCUUCUAUGGCAGAUGGCAAGGACUUGGAGAGGUCUCUACGUUGUUGUCCGAGAUGACUUGCCACAGCCCAAGUGUACCAACCCUAACAAUGCUUGGGAUGAAGACGGAAAGCGUUGCCUUGACGUUCUCGCCUGGUACCCCAAGAAGGUGACUCAGACCUUGGGCGGUAACAAGGAUAUUGAGUUUGCCUGGAACGAUUGGGGCAUGGACAAGCUGGCCACUCUGCGCAACACUGUCCGCUGCUGGGAAGACAACAAGGGCCACAUCGGUACACCCAACACGGACAUUGGUUCUCUCAAGAACAAGAAUCCUUACGACCUACCCUGCUUCUUCGCCAUGCCAGUCUUGAAGGGUAACUACAGUGACGUUUCCAAGGGCUCCAUCUGGUUAGCGGGCAACUUUCCUGGUCAGGACAACCAGGCUGGUAAACUCUGGCCCAAGUCCAAGUGUGAGCAGGGAAACAGGGAUCUGAAGCAAAACCCCUUCAACACAAAGAAGCCUUACCUUUGUGCUGAUUUUGAUCUUACCAAGGACCUUCAAUAG